AUGGGCUACCAACCCCGGCAUAAUAUUCCCACUGUGGGAACAACAGAUGCACCAGACAUCACUUCUAGACUCACUCAGCUAGCACACUUCCGAACUGAAAUCCAAUCCAGUAUUCGACUCGCAGAAGAAACAGUCAAGAAACGGAAUAAGGACAAGUUUGUCAAAUACAUGCCAGGACAAAAGGUAUGGCUAGAAGCCACCAACCUCAAGGGACUCCAUCCAAAAGCCAAACUUGGACCCAAGCAUUAUGGACCCUUCACCAUUGAUCAGAAGCUGUCACCGGUAGUUUAUUGGCUGAAGUUACCACCAAAAUGGAAGAUUCACCCUGUAUUCCAUGCCGGAUUACUCUAUCCUUAUUCGGAAACUGAAAUGCAUGGGAAGAAUUACCUCCAACCUCCGCCGGAACUAAUCAAAAAUCAGGAAGAAUUCGAAAUCGAACGUAUCAUUGAUUCAAAGAUAGUCGGCAAGCGAACACUGUACCGGGUAAGAUGGAAAGGAUACCCGGCUUCGGACGACUCCUGGCUACUGAAAGCCGAACUUUCACAUGGCAAAGAUGCUUUGGCAGACUUUCUGCAACCAAACAAAGGGUAA